AUGCAGAAGGCUGGGGCAGGAGGCCGGAGGGCCUCUGAUUGUGGACCCACCCCUCUUCGGCCCAGGUGCAUCACCAAGUUUGCCCAGUAUGUGGGCUCUUUCCCUGUGGAUGACCUGGACACACAGGAGAGCGUGUGGCUGGUGCAGCAGCAGCUGUGGGCACUGAAGGACUGUCCACGUCGCCGGGCUGUCAUCCUGAAAUUCAGCCUUCAGGGAAUCAAGAUCUACAGCGGGGAGGGUGAGGUGCUCCUGAUGGCACAUGCCCUGAGGCGCAUGCUCUACUCCACCUGGUGCCCUGCCGACUGCCAGUUUGCCUUCAUCGCCCGAAACCCGCGGAGCCCACCCAGCAAGCUCUUCUGCCACCUGUUUGUGAGCAGCCAGCCUGGAGAGGUCCACAUCCUGCACUUGCUACUCUGCCGUUCCUUCCAGCUUGCUUACCUCUUGCAGCACCCUGAGGAGAGGGCACAGCCUGAGGCCUGCCCUGGGCCUUCAGGGGACAUGCCCCAGAAGCCACUGUCCAGCCCUGGAGGCCCCUGUGGCCUGGUGCGGGAGCCCUUCAGCCGUGAUCAGCUCUCGCAAAAUGUCCAUGCACUGGUCUCCUUAAGGCGGCUGCCAGCAGAGGGGCCAGUAGGCAGUGGGAAGGAGCUACUAGAGUCAGAAGGCCGUGGGGGUGCCCGCCUUGCCCGCCUGGGGAAUCCCUACUGCUCACCCACGCUGGUGCGCAAGAAGGCCAUUCGGAGCAAAGUGAUCCGCUCGGGGGCCUACCGGGGCUGUACCUACGAGACUCAGCUGCAGCUGUCGGCUCGGGAGGCCUUUCCUGCUUCGUGGGAAGCAUGGCCCCGGGGUCCUGGUGGCCCCUCGUGCCUAGUGGAGAGUGAUGGCAGCCUGACAGAAAACGUCUGGGCCUUUGCUGGCAUCUCCAGGCCCUGUGCCCUCACCCUGCUGCGGAGAGACGCGCUCGGGGCCUUCCUGCUGUGGCCAGAGGGCACCAGUGGCCAGUGGUGCCUUUCAGUGCGCACACAAUGUGGCGUGGUACCCCACCAGGUCUUCCGGAACCACCUGGGCCGCUACUGCAUGGAGCACCUGCCAGCAGAGUUCCCCAGCCUGGAGGCCCUGGUGGAGAACCACGCUGUGACUGAACGCAGCCUCUUCUGCCCCCUGGAUAUGGGCCGCUUGAACCCCACCUAUGAGGAGCAGGACUGUGGGCCCGAGGGCAGGCCACCCCGGACUCUCCGGCCCCUCGGCCAUGCCAAGUCUGAGGCAGAACUUCAGGGCCUGGGCUAA